CCGCGCUGCACCGCCCCGCCCGCCCCUUCCCGGCGCAGGCAGCGCCACGUCUCGGGCAGGAGCCGGCGCCGGGCGGGCGGCCUCAGAGGAUGCAGCUCCUUGGUGAUUACGACUUUGGCUGCGAGCUGUUUCCAUGAUGUGGAGUUAGCAGCUGCCUGCUGCACACCAACAGCUCUACAGCUCAGAACUGUGCUCUUGUGUGACAACUUGAUGCUGUUCUUGCUCAUGGAGAGAAACAGGACUUGGUAGUUCACUUGGUGGCAACUUGUUGAGAAGAAGAACUUUCCAGGGAUCUGGAUAAUUUUUACCAUGGACUCCUCAUCUGUCCAGCAGGAUGUUCACUUGGAGAGCAGAAGCAGUAAUGGGGCUCCCAGCAGCUCUGAAGAACUUUUGGAUUGUAAAGCCAAGUUACAGCUCGUUACUACAGAUGAGAUUAACACUACCAGUAAUAACAUCAACCAAGUGCCAAAUGAAGAGGGAAGUCUGGACAUAAACAGCAAAGUGGAUGCCUGCCAGAAUGGGCCAGAGUCGCUCUGCCUUGACUCUCCUGGAUCUCUUGAUCCUACCAGCAGUGAGCAGGGUGAAGAGUCAUCCCCAGGUGUGACUGGUUUCCAUGACAGCCUAAGGAAGUCUCAGGGAACUAGUGCUGAGGGCAUAGCUCUUAGAAAAGAAGCUUUGCAGUCUCUCAAACUCAGUCUUCCCAUGCAAGAAACUGAAUUGUGCUCAGUAGAGUCUUCACUGCCAUUGGAAAAUGAAGAACAAAUCAGACUUCAGGCAAGAAGGCGUCUGGAAGAACAGCUCAAACAAUACCGAGUGAAGAGACACCAAGAAAGAUCGAGUCAGUCUACAUCCAAAACCCGUCCCUCCAGCACCCUGGAUCCUGAGCUGAUGUUAAAUCCAGAAAUCCUGCCAAGAGCCAGCACUGUAGCAAUGACAAAAGAAUACUCCUUUUUGCGGACCAGCGUCCCCAGGGGGCCAAAGCUGGGUAGCUUGGGACUUCCAGCAUCCUCAAAAGAAAGAAGAAGCUCAAAAUCUAAGGCCAGCAAGAUUCGGUCCUUGGCUGACUACAGAACUGAAGAUUCAGAUGCUCGAAAUGCUACUGGGAAUUCUGUGGCUACUGACUUACCUGGGGGAGCUCUGAUGCAAAGCAGAAGUGGCCCAACAUCAGUUGUGUCUGAGAUCAGUCUGCCCUCUGACGUGGAUGAUCGAGUAGAGAACUCCUCCUUGGCAGGAGACAGCAUUUCAGAGAUUGAUGGGAGUGAAGUGGGAAUGAGGCUGGAUGGAAAUGAGAGCGACAGCUCUACCUACAGCAGUGUGUCAGGGAAAGGGCUGUAUAGCAGUUCACAGAAUGCAGAAGGCAAACAGGAUGCUCCAUAUACAAUAAAUGGCCAGAAGAUACAUCCUGAAGCAAUGGGGCAAUUUCCUUCCAUCAGUGAGGUGCUGCAGGCUGCAGCAGUGGAGCAUCAGGCCCAAGAGCAAGAAGUUAAUGGAGAGGUACGGAGCAGGAGAGACAGUAUUUCUAGCAGUGUUUCUAUGGAAAGCUCUAUCGCAGGAACUCAUGACGAGAUGCUGCAGGUUAUGAAGGAGAAGAUGAGACUUGAAGGGCAACUAGAAGCACUCUCCCUAGAAGCUAAUCAGGCUCUCAAAGAGAAGACUGAGCUACAAGCCCAACUUGCAGCUUUGAACAUGAAGCUUCAGGCACAGAUGGAGCACAGCCAAAACAGCCAGCAGAAGCAGGAAUCCCUGAGCUCAGAAGUGGCCACACUAAAGCAGUCUUGCUGGGAUCUGGAACGAGCAAUGGCUGACCUGCAAAAUGCCUUGGAAGCAAAGAAUGCCAGUUUGGCUUCUUCAAACAAUGAUUUGCAGUUAGCAGAGGAGCAGUACCAGAGACUCCUGCAGAAGGUUGAAGAUAUGCAAAAAAAUGUUCUCACCAGAGACAGUACAGUUCAUGACCUGCGACAGCAGUUGGCUUCCUUGCAGACCCAGCUUCAGAAGGUGCAGCUGGAACGGACCACACUGACCAACAAGCUGAAGGCAUCUGAAACAGAAAUCACAUCUCUCCAAAAUGUGAGGCAGUGGUACCAGCAGCAGCUGGUCCUGGCACAGGAGGCCCGUGUCAGGCUGCAGAGUGAGAUGGCCAAUAUACAGGCUGGGCAGAUGACUCAAGCAGGGAUGUUGGAACAUCUCAAACUAGAGAAUGUGGCUCUCUCUCAGCAGCUGACUGAAACCCAGCACAGGUCCAUUAAAGAAAAGGAACGUAUUGCAGCACAACUACAAAAUAUUGAGGCUGACAUGUUAGAUCAGGAAGCUGCCUUCAUGCAGAUCCAGGAGGCUAAAACUAUGGUGGAAGAAGACUUGCAGAGAAAACUGGAGGAGUUUGAGGAUGAGAAAGAACAGCUUCAGAAAAUGGCUGAUUCUGCAGCAACAUUGGAGCAAGAAUUGGAACAGGCCAAGUUGACUUUGCAUCAGCGAGAUCUGCAGCUUGAAUCCUUGCAGCAAGAACACCUCGACCUGAUGAAGCAAUUGACUCUAACCCAAGAGAUGCUGCACACCAAAGAGCAGUCCCUGGAUGACCUGCAAACACAGUAUGAUGAACUGAAGGCCAGCCUAGAAGAGCUCCAGAGUGAUGCUGCUUCUAAAGAUGACACAAUCCAGUAUCUGCAGAACGAGAAGAUUGUGUUGGAGGUGGCUCUGCAGGCAGCAAAAGCAAGUAAAGAGCAACUUGAUGAAGGGGCAACACGCCUUGGAGAAGGUACAGAAGUAACAUCACAAAUCUUGGAGCAGCUGAAGCAAGAAAUGGCAGUCAAGUCAAGCCAGGUGGAAAAUCUGCAACAAGAAAAUGCCAGCAUCAAAAAACAGCUUAAAAAAGUGAAGGAACAGUUCCUUCAGCAGAAGGUCAUGGUGGAAGCUUAUCGACGAGAUGCGAGUUCCAAGGACCAGCUCAUCAGUGAGCUGAAAGCUACAAAGAAGCGGCUGGACUCAGAGCUGAAGGAGAUAAAACGAGAGCUGCUGAAAAUCCAAGUUGAGAAACAGUCACUGGAAUCUGAGCAUUCAAAACUACAGAAGGAAGUAUCUCAGGUUCACCAGCAGAUGGUGGAACUAGAAAAUCACCUCCAGUCAGUGCAGAAAGAACGAGAUGAUAUGGAAACACGCCUACAGUCUUUGCAGUUCGAUAAGGAACAAAUGGAAUCUCUUACUGAGGCAAAUCAGGCAUUAAAACAACAAGUAGAACAAAUGCAAGCAGAAGCAAAAAAGGCCAUUACAGAGCAGAAACAGAAAAUGAAGCGUCUCGGGUCAGACCUGACGAGUGCUCAGAAAGAGAUGAAAGCAAAACACAAAGCCUAUGAGAAUGCAGUCAGCAUUCUCAGUCGGAGGCUGCAGGAAUCUCUUACUGCAAAAGAAUCUGCUGAGGCAGAGCUGAGCAAACUAAAAGCACAAAUUACUGAUGGUGGGAAUGACCAGAUUGCUCAGGAGAAGAUCCAAGCUCUGAAAACAGAACUGCGAGCUGUGAGCAGCAGUAAGUUGAUGCUGGAAAAAGAGUUGCAAGAAGUGAUUUCACUGACCAGCCAGGAGCUUGAAGAAUACAGAGAGAAAGUGCUGGAACUUGAGGAUGAGCUUCAGGAAUCUAGAGGCUUCAGGAAGAAGAUAAAGCGUUUAGAAGAAAUGAAUAAGAAGUUGGCCCUUGAACUGGAACAUGAACGUGGAAAACUUACAGGUCUCAGCCAGUCCAAUGCUGCUUUGCGGGAACACAAUAAUAUCCUUGAAACAGCAUUAGCAAAAAGAGAGGCAGACUUGGUACAGCUGAAUUUACAGGUUCAGGCAGUCCUAAAGCGGAAGGAGGAAGAGGAUCAGCAAAUGCAACAACUUAUUCAAGCUUUACAGGCUUCCCUAGAGAAGGAAAAGUUAAAAGUUAAAGACCUUCAGAAGCAGGAAGCAGCAGCCAAAGCGGAUGCAGCCCAUAACCGGCGACACCACCGGGCAGCGAUGCUGGAGCUCAGCGAGAUCAAGAAGGAGCUCCACGCCAAAGAGCUGCUGGUCCAGGCCCUGCAGGCUGAGGUGGACAAGCUGCAGGUAGAGGAUGAAAAACAUUCCCAGGAGGUAUCUCAGUUCCAGCAAGAGCUGGCAGAAGCCAGAUCUCAGCUCCAAGUUCUGCAGAAGAACCUGGAUGACAAACUUAGUGAACAGCCUCUAGUAAGCCAAGAGGUGGAAGACCUGAAGUGGGAAGUAGAACGAAAAGAAAGAGAAAUUGAAACACUUAAGCAGCAGCUGGACAUGACUGAACAGCGCAGCCACAAGGAGUUGGAAGGGAUACAAGUUGUCUUGCAGAACAUCAAGACUGAGUUAGAGAUGGUGAGGGAAGACCUGACAGCAACUCAGAAGGAUAAGUUUAUGCUGCAGGCUAAAGUGACUGAACUGAAGAACAGCAUGAAGUCACUGCUGCAGCAAAACCAGCAGCUGAAGUUGGACCUGAAGCAUGGCAAGAUGAAGAAGAGGAAAGAACUGAAAGGCGAGAAUAACUCUUCCAAUCCAGUGACUCCAGUCAAGAUUCCUGAUUGUCCAGUGCCUGCUGCCUUGCUGGAAGAACUGCUGAAACCAACAGCUGUGAGCAAGGAGCCUCUAAAGAAUCUGAACAGCUGUCUCCGGCAAUUAAAGCAAGAAAUGGACAGCCUUCAGCGCCAGAUGGAGGAACACACCAUUACAGUACAUGAAUCAAUGUCUUCAUGGACUCAGAUUGAGGGCAAGUUAAUGGACCUUACUUCUACAAGUUCUACAACUGCAUCAGACCAGCAGGAGACUCCUACUGCAGAUGAAAAGAAAGAGAAUUGUAGUGUUACUGACAAGGAAGCUUUGACACUAUAACCUCCUUAUCAGUUGUCUUUCUUCCUAUUGCUUUAAGUAUAUAAACAAAUCUUUAUAAAAUUAUUUAUUUCAUUUUUAAAAUGGUGUUCAGAGUUGUGCUUUUGCCUGUAGAAGCAAAGGGCACUGAUUUGAGAAACUGAUGGAAUAGGAAUUGCAGAAUGUGCUAUUCUAAGGGUUUGUUUGAAACAAUUCUGUCAUGUUGGGUACUGCCAAGUAGUGAAUCUAGCUCAUUUAAGGGUUCAGUAAGAGAUUGAGAUGAAGAUUUAAAAUGAGGUCAAGAGGAGCAUCUGGUUUCAAGCAUGUACUUGUUCAGUCUGGGUGAGUUUGUUAAGGAAUUACUGUUAAUUAUGUAACAUCUAGGUUUUCUUGUUUGUUUAUGUUUUUUUUUUAAUUUGUGGGAGUAGGAUGUAUUUUUUCCCUCAUCUCGGAUUGUAGCCAAACUACAGAGAAAAAUAAGUUCUUCUCAUGUUCAACCAUUAGCAGUGGUUUAGAAUUGGAUAUGCUGAGUAUUCUCUUGUCUCUCCUAUAAUCUCUUACUCUUGAAAUUCAGAUUAUAGAUAUCUGUAUUUGAAGGAAAAUAAGUUACUGUAAGCCAUUUCCAGUUUUGAAGAUGACCUCUGACCUAUAGCAGAAGAAACAAGACUGUAAAGACAAGCAAUGCAGAGCAGUUGGUAUCUUUGGCAGAUUUGCCUGGCAUGUUUGCUGAUGUUUUUCUCUUACAGUCACAGGCCAGUAGUGAGCUUUGCUUCACUGCACAAAUACUUUGCACCUUUUUAUUUCAAGUUUUGAAGUAGACACCCAUUUAAAAGUAUGCGUGUAAUAUAUAUAUAUAUAUAUACAUAAGAAAAAAAUCAUAAUUUUCUGACUUUGAAUAUCUGGUUUAAUAUGCUUAUAUACUGUAAGUUAAGGCUACAAUGAGGGGUUUUGUUACUGCCAUUGUUUUAAUGUUAUGUUUAAGUUUGCUCUUCUUUGACAUACUGUACAAAUGGCUUAGGGAAAUGAGCCCCUAAAGCCAGAGCUUUUAGAAAUGUAAUUAUUUUUACUUUAAAAGACAUAAUUAUAAUGCCUGUAAAAUUAUUAUUUUUAAUAGCUUUAUCUUCUCCCACAGACUCCCUCUACUUUUUGCACCCUCUAUUCCAAGGUAUCCACCGUGAAUGGAAGUGUUGGUACUGUGGCAGUCCCUCUGCAGAGCACCUUGACUAAGUUAUUUUUAAAGCAGCUCACUUUAGUCUCCUUCAUCUUUGGUCCUGUUGCUCCAUGUGGCUCAUAGUGCAGUGACAAGCCAGCCCUCUCCUCACUCGAAAAUUCUGUGUUAGGGUGUUUGGAAGAUUUAGUGGUUAUUCAUGUACUAGAAUGUUUUUGUCCUUAAAACAUAAAACAAGUCAAUUAUAUCCACUGUAGUUUGGUGUUUACAAAAAAAACCACAACACCAAACUAUUAAGUACAAGUGGAUUUGAAGGCUGGAAAAAAAUUCUAGUUCAUGUAUUUCUGCAAAGAGGCUGUCGCUGGGUUUGGGUUUGGUUGUUGCAGAGGAGGAGGAAGGAUAUUGCAUUUCGUUUAGCAGUAAGGCAAAAAAUAAAUAACCAAACAAAACUCCCAAACCCACCUAUAUUUAUCCAAAGUCUGAUUUCUCGUAGCUACCACUUCAAGCUCUAGUCCAAUUGGACACUUUGCACUAUAAGUAUUUAUACUGAAUGAUUUCAUGCCCUGCAGCUACUGAAUUUUAACUUAGAUUUUAUUGGGAUCAAAGUCAAGUGAUGCUGACAGUCAAGGUUUUGCAGCUGGUAAAGGAAGAAAUGCAUUGAUGUGGCAUUAGAUGCCCAUCCAAUGGAUUUACCAAACAAUUCAAAAUCAAAAGCUUUACAAACUAGCUUAAGACACGUCUGCACACUGCUGCAGUCUGCUUUGUAGAGUAAAUGGUACUGAUUAUCUCGCUGUUGUCAUGUUCUUGAAGUUGCCUGUAUAUUAAGCUCAAGGAAGAAAAAAACCAAACCACAGUAUUGUUAAAGAAAAAAAUAAAACUGUAAUGAAUAAUAUAUUCAGUACAAGAAAAGUACCAAAUGUCCAGGAUUCAAAAUACUACUUGUGCAGCGUUAAUGUUGCUGUUCACUUUAUUAAAUACAUUGCCUACAGUUCAGAAUCCACUAUGUUCUAAUCUGUUAGUUCAGCAGUGGUUGUAUGGAUAAAGGUUUUAUCUGGUAUCAAAGAAGCCAGAAUUUUUAGAAACUUUCCUAGUUGUUCUGAAUGUCAGCUCUCCUUUUUGUGUCCAUUCUGCAUCCUGCUGCAGUUUCUCUCUAGCUCCUGAAGACAUCUGAGCUUGCACAAUCAAGUAGCCUUAGAUGUGUAUUUCCUUUUCCAAGACGAGGGAGCUGUUGUGAAUUGGCCCAACUGCUGCUGGCAGUACCUGGACACUGGGUAUUGUCCUGUUAUAUUCACAAUGUGCUUUUUCUACAAACACCAUGUCAUUUACUUAAAUGAAGGACAGUGAGACUUUAGAGGGUCUAAAUCUAGUGAGGUACCAAGUGAAGUUACAGAAGUCACUGGGAGGUCUUCUAGAAGGAGCAUGCAGUGUGUGAUAAAGGCAAGGCCUUUUCUUUGAAGCUCAUCAGCUAUAUUUUUAAUGACCCAGAGAAAUAAUUGCUGCUUUAUUAAAAAGCCUCACCCUGAGGCUGAGCAUGCUCAGUCUACAAAGCUUCAGGUCUCUGCUGUCUAGGCAAUAAAAUAACUUAGCUGUAGGAAUGAAAAUUGUCUCCCCUCUGCCUGUCACAGCACUGCCAAAUAAACAGGAGAAUCUGAAGAAUAAUCUCUUAAAAUUUUAUUUUACUUUUUCAAGCACUGCAAUAGAAUGUAUUUUCUGUGUUUCUUCAGUGAUUGCUACUUACUAAACCAAAUCUAGUUAAGGAAGGAGAAAUGUCACUGCAAUGUGAGAAUGUUCCCCAUUGCUGAAAGCUGGUAAAAUGUGCAGCAUUAUUUUUUCAGAUGCUGUUGUGUUUUUGAGAGCUCUUGAAUAACUGUGCAUUUAAAAAAAAAUCACAACAAAGACCAGCAAACCCUACAAUAGAAUAAAAUGUUACUGAGUCUCUGGCAUUGCUAAAUACUGCAUAAAGCUCCAUUCUGUUGUCUUCCAGAUUUCUUGGAAAUAUUUGUGCACUGCAUUGGAAUCAGCUGAGCCCCCUCUCCACUCAUGCAGCAGGAGGAUCUGAUCCCAUACUGUUUAUUGAGGCAGUAUCCUACCAGAAAUCUGUGGGAUUUUCUCACAUGUAAAGUAAUAUCCAGGAUGAAUGUUCUACUGUUCAUAUUGUCAGGGAUUAUAUAUUCCUCCUUAGGGGGAGAGAACUGCAGUGGCACAUCUAUUUUAGUGUUAGCUGUGACAUCAAAGGUGUGCUGGGGACAGGUAGUAUUACCAAUAUAAAUUUACCUUAAGGAUGACAAAUUCACUCCUGGUGAUGCAGAAGCUUGUGAUGUACAUUUUAUUAACUUUGUAGGGAAAGAGGGAAUAAUUGCAUGUGAAUUGCUGUGAUCAGAGCCUUUAAGUAUUUUCCUGUGAAAGCAAUUGCUGUCCAGAGGAAUUACUAAUGCUCAUCAGCUGCCAUCCAAUCACUCUGCCUCCUACUAAUGAGCAACACUUGAGUCUUGGGCAGCCUCAUUUCCAAUACAGAUGCACAGAUUGCGUGGGGAGGGAAAGAUGUUCUGGAUAUUGUAAAUGAAAUGGUUCUGUUCCAUGUAUGACAUUCAGUAAUGUCUGCUUAGGCUGUAUUUGUAAAGAUAGAAGUUAAUAAUUCCAUGUUCUUGAAGAAUGGAUAACCCAGGGGCUGGAGGAGUUACACUAUGUACAAUUAAUGUUUAUGAUCAUACGAAGCAUGUUGAUUAUAAAAAUUAUGUGCAUAGGGAUUCCUUUAAAAGUUUUGUGCAAUAAACUAUUUUUGCUAAAGGGCCCCAUGUUGUUUCUACUUCGAAGGAGUUACCAUUUUCUCUUUGGUUUUGGGCAGCAGUUUUUAUGUUGGGAUCCUGAAUAUGCUGUACAGCCACCUUUAAGGAAAAAAAAAAUCUUAUUUUGAAAGACAA